AUGGCUGGCUCCUGUCUUCAUGUAAGUUCGAAGAAUUGGCAGGGGCCAAUGAAAUUAACUGCCCAGAAGGAAGACCCAGUAAAGAAGAUUAAUGAACAUGUUCAGUCUAAAACCAGGGUCCCUGUAGAAAACCAGUUGCUCUUUUGGGGCUCCAAGGUCCUAAAACCUGAAAGAAAAUUGUCCCACUACUGGUUGGAUCCCAGUACAACUAUUCACCUUGUCCUGAAGGUGGUGAAGCCAAAUGAUGAGGAGCUGGAAGUGUCUCUGUUAGAGUUUUUUCAAGGAAAGAAUCACCUGCUCCGGAUCCGUCGGUCUAGCUCAGUGUCUCAGGUGAAGGAGGUGAUCAAAGCCAUAACAGCAUUGCCCCCUGAAGCACAGCGUGUGAUAUGCAAUAACAAGGAGCUAGAGGAUGGGAAGAUCAUGUCUGACUACAGCAUCCAGGAGGGUAGCACUUUGGUCUUGUUCAGGAGGUGCAUAGGAGGCUAA